UUUUUCUUUAUCUUCAAUUUUCAAAAUCCGGGUAACUUUUAAGUUUAGAAAAAUGAUUAUGCUAAAUUUGAUAUAGAAAUUGAUCAUUGAUUAAAUUUUAAUGAUUCCUUUCUUCUUUAGCUUAUCUACAUUGUUCAUUCUUCUCUUUGAAGUAAUAUCAUAAUAUAUAUAUAUUCAAGAGAUGUCGGACUUGUCAGCUCAAUUAUCUGCAUUUAAAAAUAAGAUCAAAAAUGGUCCGUCAGUACUUGCUGCCAGACGACCAAUCAUUGGCAAACCUCAACCUUCAACUUCAACCCCUGCCACUCCAAAACCAGCUUUAAAUAAUGUUUCAUCUCCGUUGAAGUCUGGUGCUACUAAAAGACCUACUGAAUCUGUUACAGAUAUCCUUAAACGUCAGAAGUUGGCUAAUGCAGACAUAUCAGGAUCUCAUUUAUCUACUUUAUUAUUAUUAGCUGUCGAACAUAUUAAACAGUAUGAUUAUCCUAUACCUGUAAGUCAAUUACAAUCAUAUUUAUCAGUGGACGUCAAUGAUACUUUAUUAGCUCUUUUGAAAGAGAUUGAUAGGAUUAAAUAUGAUCCGGAAAAUGAAACUUUAGAAUAUGUUUCAUUACAUAAUAUAAAAUCUCCGGAAGAUUUAUUGAAUUUCUUAAAGGCUCAAAACACAUUUAAAGGAACUCCUGUUAAAGAUUUAAAAGAUGGUUGGGCAGGAUGUAUAGCAGCUAUUGAUUCUUUAGAUAAACAAAAUAAAAUCUUGGUGUUAAGAAAUAAAAAGGAAAAUGCUCCAAGAAUGGUUUGGAUAAAUGAAGGUAGAAAUUUAGGUAAAAUUGAUGAUGAAUAUCAAAAGAUGUGGGCCGAAGUUAAAAUCCCUGAAGCUGAUAAUUUAUAUCAAGCUUUAAUAGAUCAAGGAUUGAAACCAACUGGAGCUGAUCCAAAUUUAAUUAAAAAGAAACCUCAACAACAAGAAAAGAAACAAAAGAAAGCUAGAAGAGGAAAGAUCACCAAUACACAUAUGAAGGGUAUCUUGAAAGAUUAUUCUCAAUUGGUUUAGUUUCGAUUCAUAUUAUACACAUACUUUUUAUAGUUUGGAUUUGAUUUAAAUUACUACAUACAUUUUAACGAAAAAUAAUAAUAAUAAUGCCUAAUAUUUUUAUAAUAAAGAUAACAACAUCGAUUUGAGUUUUCAGGGAUUGUAGUUAAUCUUGAAACACGUUUAAUUAUCUUGCUCUUGGCAUAUUGAUCUUAUGAAAUAGACAUCUUAUAUCAAUACUAAAUUAUUCCUUACGUGUAUAUAUUAGAAUGAACCGCGUAAUUUACAUACCAGAUGUUCUUUUUAAGUUUUUUUUUCUAUUUAC